AUGGCUGCCACCAUUGAGACGUUACUGGAGGAAAUCUCCGGUGUCGACGAUCCAAUUGAGGAGCUGCAAUGUCUAAAAACAGCUUUAUUAUCGAUCCCUGUUAGCGCCCUGAGAGACGCAGUGAGCGGACAGCGCUUCCAUGUCAUAUUCUCCCUGUUAAACUCAAAUCAGAGGGAACAGGUUGAGCUAUGUGUUGCCAUCCUUGAACGCAUCCUAGUGGCCCUGAGCCCUGUGAGCCUGGUCCAGAACUACAGAGUGGAGCUGCAGGGAGGUCUGACGCAUCCGAAUGACACGGUGAAGAUACUGGCCUUGACGCAGAUUGGUAGAAUCGUGGAGAACCCGGACGCUCUCACUGAAAUCCUCAAUAAUCCCGAUAUUCUGCGAGCGGUGAUCCACUGCAUCGAAGAAGAGAAGAUUGCUGUGGCUAAGCAGGCCAUCCAGUCGUUGUCUAAAAUGAGUCACUCCAAGCCCGGACUGGACAAAUUGUUCCAGAGCGACGUGCAGAAAGUCAUGAAGGACGUGAUGGCCACAAGUGACAUUGUCAGAUACAGAAUAUAUGAGCUGGUGGUGGAAAUCUCGUCAGUAUCUCCCAUUUCCCUCGGUUACUGUGCCAACAGCAGCUUCAUUUCUCAGCUGCUAGGAGAACUGACAGGAGAUGACAUCUUGAUCAGAGCCACAGCCAUUGAGAUGGUGACCAGUCUAGCACACAGUCAGCAUGGUCGGCAGUAUUUGGCCCAACAGGGUAUAAUGGACAAGAUCUCCAACAUGAUCAGGGGAGCAGAGACUGACCCCUUCUCCUCUCUCUACCUCCCUGGUUUGGUGAAGUUCUUUGGAAACCUGGCCAUUAUGGACAGCCCGCAGCAGGUUUGUGAAACCUACCCAGCCUUCCAGAACAAGGUGUUUGAGAUGGCUCUGGACCCGGACCCGGUGAUGAUCGGCGUGGCUCUGGACACUUUGGGAUUACUCGGAUCCACGGUGGAGGGGAAGCAAGUCCUUCAGAAAACAGGGGAAAAGUUCAAAGCAGUCUUGUCGAGGAUGAGCCAGCUCGCCAGCUCCGGAGCUACAGAGCUCAGAGUCCGCAGCUUGGACGCCAUAUCACAAAUUCUCACUCUACAGCCAGAGCAGCAGACAGAAGACCUCUUGGCCCUGACAGAGUCCUGGUUCCACCUUUUGUCUAAACAUCCCAUGGACAUGAUUUGCAACAUUAGCACUCAGCCGUUUCCAGAGCUGCAUUGUGGAGCUCUGGGGAUAUUCACUGCCAUUGCCACUCAGCCCUGGGGUCAGAAGUUAAUGAUCAGCACGCCCAGUUUCAUGGAGUUUGUUUUGGAUCGUUCCACGGGUCAGACGAAGGAGGCCAAAGAUGCCAAAUUUGAACUUGUGGGAGCACUCGUGUGUUCAUCAACAACAGCAGAGAUACUGGGAAGUCAGCAUUACAUCCGUCUGAAGACUUAUCUCAGAGAGGGGCCUUACUACGUUUCAGCUGUGGCCUCCGUCAGCACAGAGGGAGCAGAAUGAUUCAGACACACUCACAUUACACUUCGUGGGUUUCUAGUUAAUGCUUAAGUAAAGGAGUAAGUGCCUGAAGGAUCUAAGCAUUGGUUAACAUACCUCUUGGAUAAACGCAUAGUUCUAAUAAAUCAGGAUGUGGUGUUAACUUCAUUUUCAACAUAAUUUUGCAAAAAUGUUCAUCUACAACGUUGGCUUGUAAUAGGGAUGGUUUAAAUACUUUGGAAGUAUUUAAAAACAAAUGAGUAAUUUAUUUUAAUUACUUGCUUUGCCUGAACCCUCAGCUGCUCACCACUAUUAUAUUUAACAGAGUUUUUUGAUCAGACAUUAUUAUUAAGUAGCUGAUCAUCUUCAGUCUCUUUUUUUUUUCAUUUUACUUCUUGAGUAGAUCUAGUUUUCUUAAGACAAGUAUCGUCUAAUUUGGGGGGUAUUAAUAAAAAUAAAGUUUACAGAUGUACUUCUAACCUAAGAUUAAAGCAGUAAAAGCCAGGUUAAGUCAGAAGUGACUUCAAGUCAUUCUCCACAUGGUAUGUUAACUCAUGUUUACUUUCUGAUUCUUUUCCAAUUACUUAAGCGUCAAUUAAAGAUGCUUACAAGACUCCCCCAGACGUUCACCCUCCCAGCACUUAAACAAACUCACAUCAUUACAUACAAUAUUUUGCAAUCAACCUCAUCCAUCAGACCGCCGCUCUCCAAGUCUUUCUGACAUUGAUUUAAUUUGUUCAUGUAAAAAAAGAAAAGUUUAUUAAACAUGCUUUUUGUAAUUAAAGAGGAUCUGAAAACAGA